AUGUCUCACUCCGCAGCUCAGGGCAGCAUCGGCAGCCACUCCUCUGGAGCAGGACUACGCUCUCACAGAAUGUGUGUCUUCGAAUUCGAGAACUUCCAAGGUCGCAGGAUGGAUAUCAACGGAGAGUGCCGGAACUUGUGUGAACGUGGCUUUGACAGAGUCGGGUCGAUCAGGGUCGAGUGCGGACCCUGGGUGGGGUUCGAGCACCAGAACCUGGCAGGAGAGAUGUUCAUGCUGGAGAAGGGGGAGUACCCCCGCUGGGACACCUGGUCCAAUAGCUACCGCUGCGAUCGCCUGAUGUCCGUCCGGCCUGUCCGCAUGGACCCCCAGGACCAUAAGAUCUGCCUGUUUGAGUGUGUGAACUUCGAGGGCCGUAAGAUGGAGGUGUGUGAUGAGGACAUUCCCAGCCUGUGGUCCUACGGCUUCCAGGACCGCGUGGCCAGCCUCCAGGUCACUGGGGGAACGUGGGUAGGGUACCAGUACCCCGGUUACCGUGGCUACCAGUAUGUUUUCGAAUUCGGGCCUUACAAGCACUGGAACGAGUGGGGCGGGCACCACGCGCAGAUCCAGUCCAUACGGCGUGUGCGUGACAUGCAGACACAUCGCCGCGGUUGCUUCGAGAUGAGCGCGUAG